AGGAGACUAUCACAUCUAACACAACUACAUAAAAGCAAAUUAUAUACUUACUGUAAACCAUGUAUGUUUUCAAUGUGUCCAGAUUAUUAAAUUAGUGUUUUUUUUUCAUAUCCUAUUACAAAUUGACAAAAACAAACAAUAUUUUAUAGUAAAUAGGCGGCAAGUAGAUCCAAAAUUAAAUAAACGUCUAACGAAGGACGUAAUUAACCAAGACCUGAUUAUCAUCAUCACUCUUGUGUCUUGCUGCUAAUCAAAACGGCGGGCCGAACGAAUAUGAGGCGAGCCCGCGAAGGCUACCACUAUCAGCCAGUGCCCAGAGUAGCUACGGAAGAUACUAUCGAAAAUGAAAAUGAACGAAUGGCUGAAGAACUCAGUGGCAAGAUAUCUUCACUUAAAUACAUUUCCAUUGAGUUAGGCAAUGAAGUAAGGGACCAAGAAAAACUUUUGCGUGGAUUAGAUGAUGAUGUUGACAGAAGCUCAGGUUUCCUUGGAAAAACCAUGGGAAGAGUUUUAAGGCUUGGCAAAGGGAACCACAACUAUUAUAUUUUCUAUCUAUUCCUCUUCUCCAUUUUUGUGUUCUUUUUGUUGUAUAUUAUUUUAAAAUUUAGAUGAUUUUCAUUACCCAUCCAUCACUCCUGUGUAUUAUAAGUGUUUCGAAAUAAAUUUUGU